AUGGCAUCUUAUAACAUAUCGUCAGGAAUGGCAAUAUGGCUUGUGGAGACCGAUGACGCUCUGCUGCGCGACGUCGCAGCAGCCCCGGCUGCUGAGAGUCCUACCGAUGUGGCCAUUCCCACGCCGCCAAUUCCUUCAGUAUCGCUGCCGCUUCCAACGGGCCUUCCACCCCUUCCCACUGGAAAAGGAAAGGGUGGCGGUGGUAAGGGAACCGGCCGACCUACUCCGACUGGUAAAGGCAAAGGCGGUGAAAGACGCCAACUCCCCACAGGGCGACCCCCGAUUCCUACUGGUUUCCCAACUGGCCUCCCUCCACUUCCUACUGGGCUACCUACUGGUCUUCCUCCACUUCCUUCUGGGUUUCCUACUGGAUUCCCCACAGGCAAGGGCAAGGGAAAGGGCACUGGACGACCGACGGGGAGACCGACACCAACAGGAAAAGGCACCAGACCCACACCACAAGUAGUUGAGGAGCGCCAGCUACCUACAGGCAUCCCUACUGGCUUUCCCACAGGGAAGGGUAAAGGAAAGGGCACUGGACGCCCAACUGGGACUAGGCCGACCGGUAAAGGCCGACCUACCGGCUUCCCUACUGGGCCUCGACCCACCGGCAAAGGCCGGCCGACUGGCUUCCCAACAGGCAAGCGCCCGAGCCCGACUGGCGGCUUUGGCCGGCCUCCCCAGUGA